UUAAAGCAUAGUAUACCUUGGCAUGACUAAAAAAUGCUAAAAAGAUACUGGAGGUUAAGGAAUGGGUUGAAAGGCUAACAUCUUUGGCACCUCAUACAAUUUGGCCAGGUAAUUAUGAAGAAUUGAAGAUCAUGGUUUAACAAAGUGGGGUGUGAAGAGUGUGAAGUGUGAGCUGUUUCUGUGGGAAAGUUGGAGGGCAGAACGUGAGAAUACCUUCCAGAGAAGUAGCAAAGCAGCAAUGAAUGAACCAACCCUAAUAUUGGAGGCUCUAACAACUUUGAAAUUAAUUACAUAGUGAUGAAAGCCACCCAUGAUCUUGGCUUUACAAACUCGCUUUAGCAUAAGCAGAAAUCAACGAAUUGAGUUUCUUUUCUUCAAAUAUGGAUGAGAACAUGAAACAGUUCCAAAAGAAAUUAACAGAACUGGAAGUGGAAGCUGAGCAUAUUCUUUUAGCCCGACAUCAGCUGGUUGAGAACGAUAGAUUGAGAAAUGGGAAUAGAGAAGCACUUACUGCAUUAAGGAAAAGGGCUCGAACAACAAAGAGCAGUGUUCCAUCUCCUUUUGAAUCAAUAAUGAAGGGAGUUGCAGGGUCCAGCUCAAGACCUUUGGUGCAAGAGGUUUGCACCACCUGUGGCAAACAUGACUCUUCUGAGCAGACGUGGAUGAUGUUUCCAGGAACUGAUCUGUUUGCCAGAAUUCCAUUUCAUGCGGCUCAUACUAUAUUGGAAACAGAUCAAACGCAGCUUGACUUUGAGUCAAAGAGACUACAGAGCAUUGUGAAGGAAAAAUCUUACAUUAUAUCAGAGGCAGGUGUUCUUGCAGACAAGAUAAGUCCUGGAGUGCUCAAAUCACUUGUAUCCCUAAACGACAAGCCAAAGUAAGAUGCUUUGAGCUGACUAUUUAGUGAGAAACCUUGUGGUGGCAGUAUCAACUGGGUGGAAAAUGGCAAGUGUUUUCUGGAAGUCUUUCUUGAGGCAUUUAGGCUGAGGCUUAUCUAUUCUGUUGCUGUGAUUGUGUAAAAAGUUCCCAUGUUUAUACUAUGGCUGCUACAUUCAAUCCUAGAAAUGGAGCAAUUGUUACACAUUCAGAGCAUGGUUGGUUUUAACUUUUUUUUUAAAGAAAUAACCAUUUAUUUUUACAAA